AUGGUUGAACAGUGUCGCGUUCAUGAGCUUCGGAUUACAAACUUACUGUCGUCCUCUGGAGUCCUGACGUUGUCGAGGAUUAUGCUGCGUGAUGGAGACCAGUCGAACAUUCUGGGCGGUAACUUAUAUUUUGCUCAGACUUAUUUUCUAGGUGUUGUGGCCUUCGUCGAUGUAAAAUCUUCUCUAGGCAACCCGGCGCUCGCCAUAUCUUCUCGGUUGAAAAAUCUCGGUGCUGAAGUAGUCCAUUCUUUGACGAGCACUGUAACACAUGUGAUAUUCCGCAAUGGUUCUGAACUCACGAAACAGUGGGCCAGAAAAAGGAGAGUUCGGCUGGUUUCACCUCUGUGGGUAAAGGCAUGCUGCACUCACAACGUAAGAGUUGGUGAAGCUGCUUAUGCUUGUCGAGAGGAUAACAGCAUAUGUUUGAACGACUCAAGUGAAACUUCACAGCCCCCGAAACAAGCUGACUUAGCGCUUCCUCCCAACAAUUUGGUCAAGAGAGUAAGAAACAGUCUGAAGCUCCCUUCUCUGGAUAUUCCCAAACAUGUGCACCAGUUCUUCCAACGGAUUGAGCGGCGGAAGCAGCAGGGUCCAACUGGCGUCGAUGUGUUUUCCAGCAGUGAAUCUUCAGGUGAUGAGGAAAACUCUAAGACGGAAGUCGAUCCCGCUCGUUUUUCGUUGGAUCGACCCACUCACCGCACGGAAAUCAAACCUGUGGUCGGAGAGCAGCCGCCACUCCCAUUGGUUUCACUAAAAAAUAUCUCCCCUUCAACUGGCGUCUUAACAGAAGUGCAGAAUAACUGCCCACAUAUUCCGUUGGAUGGAGGACCGACAGAUGGUGGUACUACCAUACCUGAUCUCUCAGUCUUUGAGGGCACUCUGCACACGGCUCGCCACCUUACCCCUUUAAAUCCACUCAAUCCCGCUACGAAAUUGCUCACACCCGUGGCACGUUGUAACAAUCCUUUCAUCCCACGCUUCAAAAUGGUUUCAAACAACCAUACUCUACCUGCCACACGCAAACGCCUCUCUCCGGGUACGCCACUCACUCCUGAGGCUCUGGUUGAGUGGGUUAACGCCAAGAAGAAGCCUACUGUUUGGUCCAAUGUGGAAGCAUCCGUCACUCCAGUCAUCCACAAAGGGGAGGCUAAAAGGAAACGCCGAAAAAAGGUAAUUCGUGUUGUAGCUCGCAUGCCUUCGACUUCGCGUCGUCGAGAUGUAAAUAAGCCCAACAAGGAGGAACAUUCUGCUUCAACAGAUGACGAAACUCUUGAAUCCGACGCUUCCAGCUCUAAGCAACCAGAUUACCGGACUUCAGAAAAGAUCAGCGAACGCACUAAGCUUGCCCAACGAAUAUCUAUUAACACACGUAACAAAGGUGAUACCCACAAGCUUGGAGUUGCGUGCAGGCUUCGAAAGUCCAUCCCGGUAGAUAUUGACGCAUCACCAGGCGGUGCUGAUUCGGAGCCAGUCGCGUCGCGUAAAACCCAUACUCGAACACUGAAUGACAAGUCGUCCACAAAAGCGUCGUUCGGGAUAAAGCCUUUGACGAGUCGGAAUAGUUUGGAGGAUUUCAAACUACGACGUGUGAGACGUGCGUGUGGUGCAUCAGCAUCAUCGGAACUUUCACAUCAGAGCGUUGACCACCAUGGCCAACGUCAGAUUGUCAUCGCCUUUACAGGACUUCGCAAAGACGACGAAACCCUCCUCUGCACUUUGGUUCGGUCCAGUCCUCUAAUUGGUUACAAACUACUAAGCUCUCGUGCUACUGCUGGCAUUGCCCAUUUCCCACUUGAUUCAACCAGUAUGAAACGGUGUACCCAUCUAGUUACGAUUGACCCCUUCCGGCGGACAGUCAACCUUCUCCGUGGUCUGCUCAGUGGAGUACAGAUAGUGUCGGUUGAUUGGCUCAAAAAUUCGGCACAACAAGGACUUUGGUUGAGUGAACUCUCAUACCGACCCUCUGGUCUUCCUCGCAGUUCGCGCGUUCGGCUACUACCGAACCUCUUUCGGAAGGUGGGCUGCAUUUAUGUGGGUCAUUUAAGCAACCCCCCACGGCGUGAAAUAAUUGACCUACUUACCCUUGGGGGUGCAUCGACUACAAACAGAAAAAAGGUUGCCAACAUCAUUAUCGGUGAGAGCAUUCCAGAGGCCAUAUGUGUCAAGCCUACAUGGGUGUUCGUAUACUGUCCCAUUGUUAUCGUGAUUUCAUGUACACUGAUCUCAAAAAUCCUAAUACACCAUUUUUAUUUUGUGCGUUUUGUUGUUGCUUGUUUUCUAACCAAGGCGUUUUGCAUCAAACCUGCGAAUACUGUCAUUCAUCGCAAUUUCAGGCUCAGUAUGAAAUUUCGGAUCCGCACGAUCGACACGGGUUGUAUCGAGCAUUUUGCAAAUAUUGUUCACAUGGUAUCCACAUUAACCAAAAAUGCGAUCUUUCGACUGAACAAGGAUAACUUGACUUUUGUUAUCAAAGAACGUGCCGUUUUUGGAGGUGUUUCAGCCUGGUGCGAAUUGGACCAUGCAGCUCUCUUCUCGGAACGUGUUUGCGAAGGCCUGUCAGCUGACCAGGACGAAAUCCUGCUUGAAGUUGUGUUGGACCAAUUGAUGCACUGUCUACGUAUGGGCUCUGGUGGCACCACUAGUGGGACCACAUUCGCCACCUCGACUUCGGCUGUAGUUGGUGGACCAUUGACUACCGGAUCGGUGAACCAAGUCGGUUACGCAAGCUUUGGUCCAGCGACUCAUCAGACUCUCCCCACUGUACAUGGGUUAAAGAUCAAACUAGUCCGGCGAAAAGUACCUUGUCUCGCUAUCGAGCUGGAACAGGCUAGUAUCACCGGUCGUUCACGUGCUGUUUGGCACUUCCUUCCUGUUCAUGUCGUCCCGCCACGACUUUGGAACGAAUUCAUUGAACCUCCAGAUCCAGAUUUCGAUGUCAGCAUUUUCUUUCCUUCUGUCAAGAUUCUGAGACCGUUUGUUGACCGAAUGAAACGCUUCGCCAAAUUUAUAUUAAUCAGCGCUAAUGGCGCAGGUGAGCUGCAUCUCGGGGUGAAUGUAGAAACUUUAGCCCGUGUUCGCCUCACCUUUCGCGGACUUCGUGCUCGCAGCUGGCUUCCGGAACAUCAGUCGCGGUCUACUCAGGGGGCCGAUGGUGACAACUCAGAAGAGCCUCGCAGUGCUAUCUGGGGAGGCGAUGGCGAUGAUGUUACCCGGGGCACGUUUCGAGAUUCGCGACUCGAACUGCCCAACGAUAUAGACACUACGGCUUCGGAUGCGGCUGAUCAGCGUUUCGUCUCUGCCAGUCUGGAUAUUCGCCGGUUCGCUCAACUGAUGUCCAGUCCCCGUAUUCCUCUGUCCUGCUUUGUAUGCAAUAUAAUUCAUGACCACCUUGCCCAAUUCGUUCUGCUUUUUGAUAACUGCAAACUGAAAUUUAACAUGCCAGCGGUUAAUUUGUAAAGUUGUUUGUAUUUCGAGCUGUCCGUCCCCGCCCCCUGAUGUAUAUAGCCGAGAUUUAAGCAGAUUUAUGCAUUACUCACUGAUUCUAG